GCUCUGAAAGAUGGAGACGCAGAGUACGGUUGACACGCACAGCACUUUCACCUUAAACGGCGAUGAUAAUUUUGAUGUGAACACAGUUCUAAUAGGCCAACGUGAAUAAAAACCAACAGGCAUGGAGGAAUCUGCAAAAUUGACGGACGAAAACGACAACUCCGAGUGUUUCUCUCGUUACACACCUCAACAUCCUCUACCAGAAGAAUUAAAAAAACUAGCCAGGGAUGACACGGUCUGCAAAUACUGUGGAGUUAGCUACCUUAUUCAUAAUGAAAUCAAAGCUUUGGAAGAUAAGCUUAAAGCGACGGAAAAAGAACUGGCUGUCUUGCGGGGACAAGAACAGAGGGAAGAGCUACUCAAACAGGAAAAUGCUGUCCUGAAACAACAAGUGGACGAAUUUAGGACUACAGUACAGGGCAAUAAUAAACUGAUAAGCUCCCUGAACAGUGAAAUAGAGACUUUGAAGGGGAAUGUAAAAGAGGCCACUGAAGCUGGUGAAGGGUACAAGAAGAAGUACAUGAAUUGUUUGAGACAACUGUCCUCCCUGAGCCAAACGGUUCGCCAGCAAAGACAGAGUCUGACAGAUAUGAGGACACACCUGGACGAGGGAAGGCGCGAGGUUGUAGACUGUUUGCGCUCAGCUAAGGAUCAAGUUGUACUUAUCAAAGAGAAAUCUUCCAUAGAGAUACAAGACUUGGAGUCCAAGAUACAAUGUAUAGACAUGGAGAAACUGGUGCUCUCACAAUCCAAUAAAAGUUUAACCGAUACUGUCAGAAGUAGAGAGUUGGAGCUGGAGAAAAAGAGCCUAGAGCUACAGCAGAAAGAAGAAGAAUUGGAGAAGCAGCGACACUCCCUAGGCCAGCUGGAAAAAAAUCUCUCGGAUGUCGACAAGUUGUCGGAGUCACUGCAGGCAGCUCAGGGUGCACUGAAAGACACAAAGAAACAACUUGAAGACAGUACAAUAAAAUGUAGAGCUUUGACUGUGGAACUUGACCAGUACAAAAUGCAAAUGAGAAACAAGACCUCUGAGAUAAAUGAUCUCUCCAACAAGCAAAAGCAGCAAGAACAAAGCCAUGAAGUGGCACUGCAAAAAGUGCAUCUAGAGCUUCAAAGUAAAGAGAAUGAGUUGGCAGUGUCGCUGAAACAGCUCAAGACGUGGGAGAACAAGUGGAGAGAACAGCAGCAGAAGGAGAACGACAUCUUACAGCAGAGCAAGCUCAGUCAGAAUGAAACUCAAGACCUAAAAGAUCAUCUCAGGCAAGCCAAAGCUGAUGUAGAUGCAUUGAAAGCUGAGAGGGAAAUGAUGAUAGAGGCACACCAAAACAGAAUUGAAGAUCUCAGAGAGAGCUUUAAAAACAAAAUGGCAGAGAUGGAGAAUUGGCCUCAGAAGCUUCAAGCAGCAGUUGCAGCAGAGAAAACACGCCAUUUGGCAGAAGUGAAAACCCUGGAAGAAAAUCUGAAACACAAUUUUGUUUUGGAGCUCCAGAUAGAGAAAGACAAGUACAAUGAGCUGCUCAAGAAAGUCCAGAGCCAAGAGCGGGAUAAAAAUAGCAUGAGAGACGGUGAGCUCGCCCUGAUGGAACAGAAACAUAAACAAGAACUGGAGCAGUUACAGAGACAGAUGACAGAGGCUCGAACCCGUGCACAAGAGAGAGAGGCUGACCUGUCUGCCGAGGUCACCAGUCUGAAAAAGAUCAUCAAAGAUCUGCAGGAUCGAUUUGCCAGACUGGAUGGAGAAGACAACGGCAAAGUCACAGAACUUCAAGCCAAACUGGCAGACGCUCAGCAGGAACUCGGCGAAGCUCAGACUCGGGUCACGACCCUAGAGGACAAGGUCAAGGAAGCCACCGAGCAGGCUCAGUUCCUUCAGAACAUUGUUCGCAAGGAAUGCGAGGAACGCUUUGAGCUGACGGAAGCUUUAAGUGAAGCCAGGAAAGAACUUUUGGAGCUCAAGAAACCCCCAGGUGGUUACUCAGGAAUGUCCAAGCGAGGUAGUGUGUCCAGCCUGCAGUCCAACCAGUCCCCUGCCCCGCUGUCUGGCCCGGAGGACCCACUGCUAAAGCUGCGCUCUCAGAUGCCCACCAACAACGUCAAGCUGAGCUACAGUGGUGGGGAGCCGGGCUCGAGGAACCACAGCAGUAGCAGCAGUAUCAGCGACAAAGGAAACGAAGCAAAGAUCUUGGAGAGUCGCAAGAGAAUCGCAAAUAUGAUGGGCAGGAGGUCAUGAUAGAUAUGUUGACUUUGUGAUUGAAGAGGUCUUCUCCAAUGAACUGUUAGCUGUGUGCAUAUUAUAAAGCAGUUUUGAUCAGUUCAAGAAUAUAUUCCCAUUUCAGUCAACAUUUCAGCCGAAUAGUUUCCUAAUGUUGAAGUGGGCUUACAAACUUCUAUUGUAUUUAGAAACUGGUCAGCUUUUUCAGUCCCCUUAGUAGGCUUUUUUCAAGGUUCAGACUUUGUUUUUGGAGACAUUUGAUUGCAUAAUUAUGAGAGAGAUAUUAUGCGACAUGUUAAUUGUGUGUAAAGAAAUAAGCAAAUUUCUUUCCUUCAGCAUUUUUUUGUCUCUAAACCUACUUGUGCAAUUAAAACAUAAUAGAGGAUGCCAUAAUAUAGUAUACAAUAUCUUAUUCAUCCUAUGAAUACUUGUUAAAUGUAGAUCAUCCUUACUCCUUCAAAGAAGCAAAUGCAAAGAAAUCGUUUAAAGAGGAUAAUUGAACCUGUUCAAAACAACCACCAAUGGUCUGGGAGAAACAGUGUCAUCUUUGAAAGGUAACCCUCUUCACAGUGUCAUUAUUAUGAUAUAGCAAAAAAACGCAAGGGGGAAAAUGGGAAGUGGUCAUUUAGACUGGUGAUUGUCUUGAACAAGUUAGAACAGGUUCAAGUGUACUUAUACCUGCCACAGGUAUUUUAUUACAGUAGCUUUUUUUUUUUUUAUCAGGAGUAGUAAACGUAGGGAUAGUGACAGUAGUGGUGGAUGAUAUCGUUGUAGUAACAGCUGGAGAAUAAACAAUAACGGAAGCAGCAGUACAUCUUGGAAUGUAUAUUAAGCUUUCACACUUCUAUAGUGGUAACUGUUUUCACAACUAAUGAUUUUUGCUCAAGUUUCUGGUUUUGUAGGGAGGUAGGAGGAGGAAUUUUUUAGGUGCCAUUGAUCAUUGUAUGGACUUGGCUGAAAGUAAAUUUUGAUUCCCCCCGUUUUUUAAAUAUGUUACAAGCGUCUUUUACUUUUACACAUGAUUUUAUGUGGCCCCUCUAAAUUUGAGACACAGAAUGUGCAUUCUAGGUCAAAAUAAGUUCCGAUUAGAGGGUUAACUCACUUGAAGCUGAGCCAUUUUUCACCCAACAACCAUUGCAGCCUGACAGUUUUUGGGUGUGUUGAACCGGUGACCACAAAAAGAUCGUGAAAGCUAUCAUAAUUUUUUUUUAAUGCAACAAAGGAAAGAAGGAAAUGCUCCCAAGGAAAAAAAAACAUCUGAAUCUGAUUUUUCCGAAUAGGUUUUAGUUUAUCAAUAUUUUGAAAAAACAAUGCCUUAGGGUUACGCAAUCUUUUUGCGCCCAAUUUGUAAUAAAAAGCAUCUAUUUCAAUGCGGGGGUGACUGACUUAGUCCGUUACAGCUCAAAAAGUAUUGCACUGAAUUUCACCAAAUUUUUUGCGAAAUGACACAAGUGGGUCAGCUGUUGGUUUGCUGCUUCCUGUACCUUGUAACUGAAAAACACUGGAGAUUUUAAGUGAUAAAGCGCAUCGCAUAAAUGCCCGAGAUUUGGCCACUGGGCCACAGAGCAUCCUAUAAAUACAUGGGAAUAGGCUCAAGUGUGUUAAAGGUUACUUUUUACGCCAACUUACUCAUUCUGAGACUAAAAUGUGAAUGAAGUCAGGACUGUGUUUUGUCCUUCAUGCAGCUUGAUGCCCCUGUUAUUGAGGCUCCGUUCUCUGUAUGCAAGAUUAUUGAAGUUAUCAUCAUCGUCUUCAUCUUCAUCAUCAUCAUCCUCAUUAUUAUCAUCGUCAUCAUCAUCAUCAUAAUGUUUCAAACAGUUUAUUGUAAAUAACUCGACUCAACAGUUUUAAUUGUAGAAUGGCUCAACAUUUCAUCUCAUGUGCUUCCUCAGCUGUAGUCAUCAUCAUCAUCAUCAUCAUCAUCAUCAUCAUCAUCAUCAUCAUCAUUGUAUAAAGAAGGUAUUAAAAC